GAUAUAGCUAACCAGACAGAUAUACACACCACACAUACACACACCAAGCAACCUACAGAGUUAUCUGUGGUGGUACCCCACAGCUUGUGACUAACCUCUCCUCCCCAACCUCUUUCCUACCGGACCGGACUGUAACAGGCUUAGCUUUAGGACCCUGUUGGCCGGACUAGGACCCAAACAGGUUCUACACCCAGAUCAUGGAUCUUAACACCUUCUACUUCCUGACCACCACGCUGGUCCUCAUUCUGGAACACCAAGCAUUCUCCAGCUCUGUGCAUGGGCCUAGUUCAGAGGAGGGAGGCCCCCUGACGCAGCUCGUCCACAGGGCCCCUCGAAGGCAGAGGCGUUGCUCCUGUGAGAACCUGAAGGAUAAGGAAUGCGUCUAUUUCUGCCACAUUGGGAUUGUCUGGGUCAACACACCUAGUCAGGUGGUGCCAUAUGGAGUGGGCUCCUUCCCCGUUCGAAUGAAGAGAGAGUUGCAGGGCCGAUGUUUCUGUACGGACAGACAAGACACAGAGUGUCUUAGUUUCUGCUGUGCUCUGAGCACACACAACGGGGGUGAAAAUGCAUCAAUCAAAAGGAAAUUUCCCACCAGGUUCAAGCAAAAGCUAAAGGCCAAGAACAUAGACUCUCAGCUCACAUGAGAGGUGAAGAAAAGAGAAGGAGCAUGCUGGUAUUGACGGUGUCUUCUGCAAGAAUGGGGAGGUCUUUAGCAAUGAGCUAAUUAGCAGUUGCUAGAGACACAUGUAACAGACACUGAGUUGGUUUUAAGUGCUUUCAGGACCAGAGGUAUCAUUCAUAACGACCAGUACAUUUCUCACUAUAUUGUGUUGUACUUAUCAUGAUCCUACGUAUGCAACAAAAGUAGUGAUUUAAAGCCUGUAACUGUAAAAUGUGUGUAGUUUCAUGUCAUACAGUACAUGCCAACUGCAUAGAACGUUUUAUAAAUGAAGCCCCUGGAUAUCAAACUGUAGAGAUUAGUACCAACAUGAUAUGUUUUUAGUCUGAGGUAGAAGGCAUAAUGUUGGAACUUUAUUAUAGGUUAGCUUA